GCUGUCCCUGAGAAGCUGCUUAUAAGGAGAAAAUCUAACAAGUGUUUAUGUGUAGCUAAAUACGCUCUGGUAUCAUUUUCGUGGUUCACUAAAUUGAAAAUAACUUCCACUGAAGAUGUUUUUUAGGGAGGCAGUUUCGUCUACUCAGCACUGUGACUUCCCAAUUCACCCGGAGAGUGUUGUAGGCUACUCUCAGUGUAUUUGCGCUCAGCGUUACUGCAGCGGCACCAUGGACUCCAAGACGACUUUCACCGAAUAAUAACUUUUAAAUUAACUUUAAAGUGUAUCUAAUGUGCUCAGGGACGAACAAGACGACCGGGCUGAGAGGAGCAGCUUCUGGAUCUCGGCUGGAAAGUGAAGCUGGUUAAAUUACACGACUUCUCUGCACCGGGAUCAAGACCAGCGAGACACUCGCACUUGUUUAGGAUCCCGCUGGGUCUUCUUCCUUUGAAGGUUUGGUCAUCUGCUGGCUUGAGAGCGCUACACUGAGAAGUCACAUCACCAUGGAAACAGUCAUCAGCAGCCGUGGCACAGAUAACCAGUCGACGGUGUUCACGUCGGUCUUCAACGUUAGCUGUCGCUUUGAUGAGGAGUUCAAAUACAUUCUGCUGCCUGUGUGCUACAGUCUGGUGUUUGUUUUUGGCUUCGUGCUCAAUGCCACAGCUUUGUGGCUGUUCCUGAAGAUGCGUCCGUGGAAUCCCAGUACAGUGUUCAUGUUCCACCUCGCCCUGUCCGACUUCCUGUACGUCCUCUCCCUGCCCACCCUCAUCUAUUACUACGCCAACCGCAGUCACUGGCCCUUUGGACUGGCUGCCUGCAAAAUAGUGCGCUUCCUCUUCUAUGCCAACCUCUACUGCAGCAUCCUACUUCUGACCUGCAUCAGCGUGCACCGUUAUCUGGGCAUCUGUCACCCCAUCAAGGCACUGACCCUGGUGAAGUCCCGCCAUGCCCACCUGGUGUGCGGCAUGGUGUGGGGCAUUGUGACUGUGUGCCUGGUGCCCAACCUCAUCUUCGUCACCACCUCCAGGAGGGACAAUGAUACCCUGUGCCAUGACACGACCAACCAGGAGUCAUUUGAGGAGUAUGUGGACUAUAGCUCUGUUGUCAUGGUCCUGCUAUUUGGAGUCCCUUUCCUGGUCAUUGUGGUGUGUUAUUGUUUGAUGGCACGGACCCUGUGCCAGCCCAGACGAGGAUUAUCUGCCAGCCAGCAGGGUGCUGCCUCACGUCAGAAGUCCAUCAAGCUCAUCAUUGUGGUGUUGGUGGUGUUUGCUGUGAGCUUUGUCCCAUUUCACAUCACACGGACCCUCUACUACACCUCCCGUGUGUUAGAUCUUAAUUGUAAAUUCCUCAACAUUGUCAACUUUACCUACAAGAUCACCAGGCCGCUGGCGAGUGUCAAUAGUUGUAUUGACCCAAUUCUGUAUUUCCUGGCUGGGGAUCACUACCGGUCCAAAAUGAUGUCUGUUCUGACCAGAAAAAGACAGACGACAAGCAGCCAAACACCUGAACGGGCACAAACACAGCCGAACAACAAUGACGGUAUCGGUCUGGUCUAUAAGAACUCAGACUUAAAAGCCAAUGGAGAGAUUGAGAGAUGAUGGGAAUUAAAGAUUUCUGCUCCAGGCUAAGAGAACGUUUCUAUUGCAGAAGCACCUGUAUGGUUGUCUUUUUUUUGCACUGAGAGGUUUUGAAGAGAAUCAGUUUACUGUAACAAUUACUUGCAGUAUAUAAUUUCACUCCAUCAAACCUCUGUAAUGCCUAAAGACCAUGUUUUCAUUCACCUCACUUUCUUGAGGUUACUCUGUUCGUAAGAUGAAGUUCAAGUUUGUUUUUACCAAAGAGUCUGUACCCUUUCCUUAACAUGCAGAGGAGUUAUUAGACAAAACUCAACUUAUAACAGACAGCAUUCAUGCUGCUGGAUACUGAAAUGGUGCCUAUGCAGAAGAAACUUUCAAAUUAUGGGAACAGAAAUUGAGAAAAGACUUUCAUCCUGGUUGUCACAGGUGCAUAAAACUAAAUUGUAGAUGAUUCAGUCGGUGAAUUGUUGUCAUCUUGGGCAAUACGAUCAGACACACAUCUAAAUAUUACAGUUUAUGUCUGAGCAAAGAUGACAGAUUAUUGCCACAGAAAUGAGGCAAUCGUUCCUGUUUUAUCAACUAUGUCUGUGUGUUACCCUCAAACUGCAGCUACAACCAGUGCAACUCCUGACCCCAGCUGUCUUUAUCCGUCAACUUUCACAGCUGUUAUUUGCUCAACUAUGAAGAAAAGCAGAGAGGCUGAUCUGGACGAGACAUAUUUUCCAACAUCCCACGCCUCAUUAGAGGAAUAUGGGAUUUCCAUUUUUACCCUUUUACCUUUGGGAUUGAUAAAUGGAAUUUACAGGCCUUUUUCUAUCAGCAAUCUAGGCUGAACUCCUACAUAGUUUUGCAGGAUGUGAAAGCAGAGUUGGAAAGUUUUACCUUAUGCUACAUAGCAUUUUUCCCUCCACCCUUGUUUUUAAUGUUGAUGUAUGGACCUAUGCUGAAACAGAUGUAUACAUCCAGCUCUGAGUCACAUGGUGUUUCCAUGAUAUUAUAUGAGCAAUAUCUUUGCACAUGUUUUUGUAAUUAGUUUGAUAUGUAUCAUAAAGUGGGAGCACAUGAGUUACUGGUGUUAACUGUAUGUCACAUAUAAAGAACUCAUUAUGCAAUGAAGCUUUCCUGUCUGGUAAGUGUGAAAUCACCUACUAAUUUCUUAGUCAGACUGAAACUAACUCUACUCCCUAUGAGAACAGUUGAUACAGUAUAGCUAAUUUUGGGGAAGUGAAAGCAGAGUGUGGGACUAAAAACAACAACAACAAAAUAUUUUUCCAUCAGUCAUGCAUAUUGAGAGAUCUGUGAAAGCUGUAGGACAUGACUACCAACUCUGACUUGGUUGAAAUAAACCCUUAAUUCAAGGAAAUAUUCUGGCUGGACGCCUCAGUUGGCAUCUGCGAAACGAGCUGCAAUGGCUGCUGGGGACAAAUGGUGCCAGUCAAAGUAUGUCCACUAAAAGUUAUUGUUUUUGCCACUAAUGGGCUCAGGUUGUUAUUCUAAGUGUCUGACAACAUUAUGGAAGUGUUCACUACAGAGAUGAACCUUUUUGUUAAACAGUAAGAUCCUUUUUGUUUAACCAGAAACAGCCAAUAUAUCAUUCUCGCUCGCCACCAGACUCCAUUGGAAAAAAACAUAAAUUUGACCUUGCAAGUCAUCGUAAAGCACACACAGACAGAAACUGAAAAAAUAAAACUCUCCAAAACUG